UACGCCACAAAACAGUAGGAAAAGAAAAACAAAUUCUUGUUUUUCUUAUUAAAAAUUUUACAAAACGAUUUGUAUUGCAGAAAAUCAUUAAUUUUAAAAAACUAAAAUGACUGCGUUAAGUUUAUCAAAUUAUAAUACAUAUUCAAACUAUAAAAAAUGUGGUGAAAUAUUACAAUCUCCGGUAAUUGGAGAAAAACAAUAUGCCUUGUUGUGUUUGCAAUGCCAUGAAAUUUGUUUACAAUUUCAAACAUUUAUGAUACACAUAGAACAGGAACAUGAAAACUCAUAUCUGGAUGUAAUAACCAAGGAGGAAAACAAAGAUUUCGGCGAGGAAGAUGACAUUGUCCUAAGUGAAUAUGGUAAAACCGAUAACGAAGAAGAUGAGGAUAAAAAGGAUUUUCUUAUGGACCCUUUAGAAGAGCCAGAGGUACUGUUGGUCAAAAAUCUAGCUUCAAAGGAAAAAGAUCAAGUGUGUAGCAGACAAAUAAGACAAUGUACACAAGAAUCGAAAAGAAAAUCUCAAAAUAAAAAGUUACAAGACAAAGAUGUUAAACAGGAACCUAUUGAUAUCGAUAGUAAAUCAUACAAUGAUGGAACUACAAAUGAAAUCGAGUUCGUAAAUUCAAAUGUACAUAGUGAUGAAGAAGAACUGGACAUCGGAGACUUGGAGGAUAAAAAAGAGAAACUAGUAAAAAUUACUAAAAUAGAUGACAACGAAGAAUACUUCGACGAUGAGUAUAUAAGAGAUGAUGAUGAAGAUGAAGACGAAGGUGAAGAAUUUUUGGAUGAAGUGAAAACACCGCCAGCCAAAAAGUCCAAAGUUAAAAUGGACGAUGGCCUAGACAUCGAUGAGUUUAUGCAAAAUAAAAUGAAAGUUAUACUAUUUAUAGCAUCUUAUCAGAAACAAGAUGAAUUAUGGGAUGCAACACGACCACCAAAAUUAGUAAAUCGAUGUCGAAAGAAACGUGAAGAAUGUCUUAAAAUCAUAUGUGAUGAGCUGGAGCAAAUGCAAAUACAAAUGACCACAAAAGAUGUGGAGAAAUGUAUAAAAUACAUGAGAGUCCGCUAUAUACGUGAAGUGCGUAUACGCAUGAAUUAUAUAAAAAAUAAAGAUAAAGACUAUAAACCUUUGUGGUUUUAUGACCAUUUGGAGUUUUUAAAACCCACAUUAAGUUUCAUACAGGAGCUUGAGGAGGAGCAAAUGUUGGCUAAACCGGAAUUAAAAGAUGAACAAAUCAAAACAUUAAUCGAUAUCUACAAAACUCAUGCCUGCUUAUGGGACGAACAAGAUAUUUACUACAACUCUGAUCAGAGACGCCAGGAAACCCUCCAGACCCUGCUGACGCAAGUAAAUGAGAAAUUGCAAUCAAAUUACACUUUAGCCGAAGUAGAGGAAAAAAUCGAAUUUAUACAUAAACUAGUGAAAAAAGAAAAGGAAAAUAUUAUAGAAUUUACAGCCAAUAAACCAGUUGAAGAAUACAAAUCAUCAUGUAAAUUUUACGAACAUAUUGAAUUUCUGUUACAACACUUGGGGCCGUUCAAAUGUCAGUUUUGUCCCAAAGUUCUUUCACACAUAUAUACAUUCCGUAUUCAUACUGCCAAACAUGAUGGUUCAAAACCAUUCAAAUGCUCUGUAUGUCAAUACGAAUUUACCCAGAAGCCAGGUUACGUUAUACAUCUAAGACGUCAUACGCAAGAUUUUCCCUUUGUGUGUAAAUAUUGUGGCAAAGGCUUUCCAUGUAAGAAAGAACUCAAAUUGCAUUUUCAAAAUCAUCCAGAAUACGAAAAGGAAUUUAUAUGUGAUAUAUGCGGUGAAGGUUUUACACAGCAAAAACUUCUUAACUGGCAUUUAAAAGCACACAAUAACAUAAGGGACUCCAUAUGCAAUGUUUGUGGUAAAGGUUUUACGAAUUCGAAAUUAUUAUUUCAACACCGCACCGUACAUAGUCAGCAGAAAAGUGUAUGUAAAUUGUGUGGUAAGACGUAUGCCCAUUAUCGUGGUUUAUCGAGACAUAUGACAAAAGAUCAUGGUACAACAGUUGCUGCAGUGGCAGCAGUUAUGGGCGAAAAGCCGAAAAAAAGAGUUCUAACUUUGAAUGAAAUAAAUUAAAACAUUAUUUAAUAUUAAUGUAGAUAUACAUACAUAGAUCGUAAAUUUAAUUUUAUAUUAUGUACUAUACUAAUAGGUUUAAUAAUUUUAAUAAAUUUAUGGACUAGUGAAUGGUAAA